UUCAUUGAAUCUCUUUUCAUGAAUGCAAUGUUCAAAUUGUUAUUGCUUUGUCUAUCUUGGUGGGCUCAUUGACAUUGACAGCAUUUAGAAGUUCAGUAUGCACCUUGAUGUUCUGCGGUAAUGCACACUGUAUCGGACAAACUGUCAUUUGAGCGUCUUGCUUGUGUUCUCGCGCAUCUGCUUUCGUAUUACAUUGAAGAUCAGAUGAUCUUUGUGAGGCUCUGCAGCGUCAAUUAACAUUGAAAAUGAGCAACAAGGUAAAGAAUAGGACAAAAAAAUCCAAUGUAAACUGUCUGCCACCUGCAGAUGCAGAUGCACCCCAAGAUGCUGUUAACAAUGCUGACGAACGUCCUCCAGGUCUCAAGAACUCUGUGAUUGCAAAGCAACCUAAACAGCAGGACUAUCCAACAAGGUCGACGAUGGGCAAAUUCUUCACGGUUGUGACUGGGAAUACUCUGGGGUCUCAUGAGAAAUUAAUUAAUCGUCUCGCUUCCAAAAGACACUUAACCGAAGUGACGUCACUAGAGGAGAGUGAUGUCAUCCUGGCUUUCUGUUCCAUUGUUUCUCGUGCUGGGACUGAUAUUGAAGCAGCACUGCAGCAGAUUCCAGCUGGUAAACCUGUCAUCCUGGUAGUGCUGCAUCAUACCUUCAAUCCAGACUACACUGUACCUGACAGUAGCAGACUAGUGAUCAGAGGUGAUGUAAUACUCACAGUGGACUGUCUCUUCCAUGAGAACCAGGGACUACUGGAGUGUCCUCGAUAUGAAGAAGCAAUUGAAAAUAUUCUAAAGAGUCUUGACAAAGGUCCUGAGAACACAAAUCAGUGGGCCAGCCUGGGGAAGAUUAUCUUGAUCUGCAGUGUUAUUGGUGUAGCCUGGGGCAUAUACACUUCUUAUAGAAGAAUUAAAUAAAUAUGCUUUCACUUUUUGCAAUAAAACGGUUCCAAUUUAUACAUGAAUCUAAGGUAAUUACACAGCUGUAAGAGGAGUGUCAGUUGUAUUUCACAUCAGAUAUCAAUUUUCCAAUGUGCUAUCCUUGAAAAAGAAUAAAGGAAGAUAGAGGACCAGCGAA